AUGGCACCUGGAUUAGGUCUCGCGCACACUGAUCCCACAAGUUAUCACCCGAGCAAGCAGCAGACCAACGGCACUGCCAACGGCCAUGCGACCAAGGCAGACCUGCCGAAGGUGGCCAUCUUGGACAACACAUCUUCAGUCGAUGAGGUCGUAGAGGCGCUCAAGAUAGCUGGAGGCUGUGUGAUCAAGAACGCAGUUCCUCAUGAGGACCUCGACACCAUUCAAAAUGAUCUGCGACCAUUGCUCGAAGCUGAUACGCCCUGGGAAGGCGACUUUUUCCCGGAACAAACAAGACGCUGCUAUGCGUUGAUACCCAAUUCCAGGACAUGCGCCGAGAAGGUUGUAAUGCAUCCACUCUAUCAAGCCGUGUGCGACAAAUUUUUGACGACAAAGAAUUGGUUCUGGAGCGGACACAAAAAGACUUAUGCGACUUCCAAACCUCAAAUUAUGAAUAGCGUCUGCUUCUCUAUCCGGCCAGGUGCAACAGCACAACCUCUCCAUCGCGAUGACUGGUGUUAUCAUGUGGUUGCUCGGAGAGCUGACAAAUAUCCUGACGACCUUCAACGUGAUACUGGCAUCGGAUUUUUCGUCGCCGCAAAGAAGUCCACCAUUCAGAAUGGCGCAACGCGCUUCAUCCCUGGAUCUCAUCUGUGGGAGCACGAGCGCGAACCAGAUGACGAUCUCGCGGUUCCUGCAGAGCUGGAAAAGGGUGACGCGUUCAUGAUGUUCGCAUCGUGUUAUCAUGGCGGCGGAAGCAAUACCACUGAGGAUGAGGAGCGGCUCCUGUAUAGUUGCUUCAUGACAAGGUAG